GCGGCCACCAUCUACCGGCUGUGGGACUGUAGGGGACCUUCACAGCAACCAGAGCUGAGGUCCGGCAGGGACAGAGACUAUGAGGCAAGCAGCCCACCGACCCAGGCCUCCUUAGAAUCAGCCUGGCUGCCCAGCAAGACACCCAGAAGAGGAGAGGGAAGCAGGGCAUAAAGAACCAUCGCAGAACAUUGGAGAUUUACUCUCGGUGGCUCCUGCAGACCCUGGCCAGGCUGAAGAAUCGCAAUGGAUGGCCAGACUCAGGCAUUGACGGACCUACAACGCCACCCAUACACACAGCUGCACUACACUGAGAUGCUCAGAGAGCACCAGUGACAGCAUCACACACUGCCACCACCCUGCAAUACAGACACUCACCCACCCACCCACUCACCAACCCCCUCACACAAACAACUGACAACUCCGAAACAGGCACAGACAGUGACACACAGCACCACUGUCCUCCACCCUCAGCACACUCAAGAGGGGACACGGAUCCUGUAAACACACACAAGGUAGUAUUGACCCUCACAGGCAGAUCUAGGGACACACACACACACACACACACACACACACACACACACACAGACACAUCUUCCCCACCUCCCUGAGGACACCCUUGCUUCUCCACACACUCCAGCACACACACAGCCACAAGCAAACCUAGCUCACAUAUCCCCAGCUCCAGCUCACAGCCUUGAUUCCUACAGCCUCCUCCCAACCCCUGAUGGAGCCUCAGUGAAGCCAAGAAUUCAGAGACGAAAGGGUCUGGCCUGGCAUGACCCUCAACAGCCCCUCUACUAGGCUGGGUGAUGUUCCCCAGUCCAGAUCCUGGGACCACUUGGCAAUACCAUGGAACAACUGACACCCCUCCCACGGCCUGGAAACCCCGGAGCUAUGGAGCCAUGGGCUCUGCCUGCCUGGCAGAACUGGGCUCCAGGCCAGGGGGGCGAAGCUGGAGGCACAGCCUGGAGUGUUGUUGAGACUCCAGCAGCUCUUCAAGGCACAGAACAGAAGCCUGAGGACAGCUGUGAGCCUGAGGGAACCUGGAGCUCUGGGCCGAUGGGGGGCAUGGACCCUGAAGGAACAGAAACUGAGCUGCCCAGCCUGGGGCAGCAAGCACCUGGCUCUGGACCUGACUGUCUGAGGCUAGAGGCUAAGGAGGUAGAGGACUCCCCUAAGGCCAAGCUGAAUGUGGGCAUCAGGGACAGGACCAACCUGGAGUUGCUGAGGGCCCUGGCAGAGCUACAGCAGCGCUGUGCCAUCCUUAAGGAGGAAAACCUGAUGCUGAGGAAAAGCAGUUUUCCUGAGACGGAGGAGAAGGUACGGAGGCUGAAGCGGAAGAAUGCUGAGCUGGCAGUCAUCGCCAAACGCCUGGAGGAGAGGGCCCAGAAGCUGCAGGAAACGAACCUAAGGGUGGUGAGUGCCCCGCGUCCAGGGGCUAGCUUGGAGUUGUGCCGGAAGGCCCUGGUCCGCCAGCGAGCCCAGGACCUCAGUGAGACAGCCAGCGCUCUGCUGGCCAAGGACAAGCAGAUUGCUUCCUUGCAGCGGGAGUGCAGAGAGCUGCAGGCCAGGCUCACCCUGGUUGGCAAGGAGGGCCCCCAGUGGCUCCACAUGCGGGACUUCGACCGGCUGCUGCGCGAGUCCCAGCGGGAGGUGCUGCGGCUGCAGAGGCAGAUCGCCCUGCGCAACCAGCAGGAGCCGCCCCUGCGGCCCCGGCCUCGGGGCCCAGCUGCCCCGGCCCGAGCAGGGAAACCCGCCCCCGGGGCCCCCAUAGAGGUCACUCCCCAGGAGGAUGUGGAAAAUCCACCUCUAAGCCCAGGAGAGCCCAAGAAACAGCAGAGGGUGCAGCAGCUGGAGUCUGAGCUCAGUAAGAAGAGGAAGAAAUGUGAAAGCCUGGAGCAGGAGGCCCGGAAAAAGCAGAGGCGAUGUGAGGAGCUGGAACUGCAGCUGAGAGAAGCCCAGACUGAGAAUGCCCGCCUGGCAGAGGAGAACUCUCGGCUCAGUGGGAGAGCCACGGAGAAGGAGCAGGUGGAGUGGGAGAAUGCAGAGCUGAGGGGCCAGCUCCAGGGGGUGACACAGGAGAGGGACUCGGCCCUUCGCAAAAGCCAGGGCCUGCAGAGCAAACUGGAGAGCCUGGAGCAGGUGCUGAAGCACAUGCGGGAGGUGGCCCAGCGGAGGCAGCAGCUGGAGGUGGAGCAUGAGCAAGCUCGGCUCAGUCUGCAGAAGAAGCAGGAAGAGGUCCAGAGACUGCAACAGGCCCAGGCAGAAGCCAAGAGAGAACAUGAAGGGGCUGUGCAGCUGCUGGAGUCUACCCUGGAUUCCAUGCAGGCUCGCGUUCAAGAACUUGAGGAGCAGUGCCGCAGCCAAACGGAGCGCUUCAGCCUUCUGGCACAGGAGCUCCAGGCCUUCCGCCUACAUCCUGGGCCCUUGGAUCUGCUCACCUCUGCCCUGGGCUGCAGUGCCCUGGGGGACCGCCCACCACCCCCCUGCUGCUGCUCCACUCCCCAGCCCUGCCGGGGGUCUGGUCCCAAAGACCUUGACCUUCUGCCAGGAUCCCCUGGACGCUGCACCCCAAAAUCUUCAGAGCCUACCCUUGCCACACUUGCUGGGAUCUCUCGAAGAGCAUCCAAGAAGGCAGAGUCUCUCUCCAAUUCCUCUCGCUCAGAGUCUGUCCACAACAGUCCUAAGUCAUGCCCUACACCAGAGGUGGACACAGCCAGUGAGGUGGAGGAGCUGGAGGCAGACAGUAUCUCCCUUCUCCCAGCAGUGCCAGAGGGCAGGCAGGGAGGAGCCAGGAUCCAGGUCUUCCUAGCACGCUAUAGCUACAACCCCUUUGAGGGCCCCAAUGAAAAUCCAGAGGCAGAACUCCCGCUCACUGCUGGCGAGUACAUCUACAUCUACGGCAACAUGGAUGAAGAUGGCUUUUUUGAAGGGGAGCUGAUGGAUGGCCGAAGAGGCCUGGUCCCCUCCAAUUUCGUAGAGCGUGUGUCUGACGAUGACCUCCUGACCUCCCUCCCUCCAGAGCUGGCUGAUUUGUCCCACAGUUCCGGCCAUGAACUCAGUUUCCUGAGCGGAGGUGGGGGUGGCAGCAGUAGUGGGGGCCAGAGCAUUGGGGGCCGUAGCCAGCCGAGGCCCAAGGAUGAGGCUGCAGGGGAUGAACUCAGCCUGAGCCCCACACCCGAAGGGCUGGGUGAACCCCCUGCCGUGCCUUACCCCCGCCACCUGACUGUCCUCAAGCAGCUGGCCCACAGCGUGGUGCUGGCCUGGGAGCCGCCUCCUGAGCGAGUGGAGCUCCUGGGCUAUCAUAUCUGCAUUAAUGGGGAAUUGCAUCAGGCCCUGGGACCUGGGACACCCUCCAAGGCUGUGCUGGAGAACCUGGACCUGCGGGCUGGGCCCCUCCAUGUUUCUGUGCAGGCCUUGACCAUCCAGGGCAGCUCAGACCCUCUGCGAUGUUGCCUGGUGGUGGGUGCCCAUGCAAGGGUGCUGCCUAGCCAGCUGCAGGUCCGUCGGCUGACAGCCACAUCUGCUGAGAUCACCUGGGUGCCCAGCAAUAGCAACUUGACCCAUGCUAUCUACCUCAAUGGGGAAGAGUGCCCCCCUGCCCGUCCCAGCACCUACUGGGCCACCUUCUGCCACCUGCGACCUGGCACACUCUAUCAAGCUCGAGUGGAAGCUCAGCCCCCAGCCUCAGGGUCCUGGGAGCCAGACCAGGAGAGGCCUGAGCAGCGGGCUGCCACCUUGCAGUUCACCACACUCCCAGCAGGCCCACCAGAUGCCCCCCUGGAUGUGCAGAUUGAGCCAGGGCCCUCCCCUGGUAUCUUGAUCAUCAGCUGGCUUCCAGUGACCAUUGAUGCUGCUGGCACCUCCAAUGGCGUCCGGGUCACAGGCUACGCCAUCUAUGCUGAUGGGCAGAAGAUCAUGGAAGUGGCCUCGCCUACAGCAGGCAGCCUGCUGGUGGAGGUUUCCCAGCUGCAGCUGCUGCAGGUGUGCCGGGAGGUGGCCGUGCGGACCAUGUCACCCCACGGCGAGUCAGCUGACUCCAUUCCCGCUCCUGUUGCCCCGGCCCUGUCAGCGGCCUGCCUGCCAGUCAAGGUAUCCUGCCCUUCCCCACGUCCAGGCCCUGAGGCCAGACCAGCCCCUGAGGUUCCAGGACCUGGAAACCCCAGUUCUCUGAUCCAGCACACUGAACCCCCUGGAGUUGGAAUGCUCCCAGAGGGCCCCCCAGAAAACCUCCCCAGAGAUAUACCAGAAGGAUCCCAAGAGGACCCCUCUGCACCUUGCUCCCAGGGGGAGGCCAGGACAGCUGUGCUGGGUGCCCCAGAGGACAGGAGGGCCAGCGAGCCAGUCCUGGGUGAGAGAAUGCCUGGUUCUUCAGCUUUUGCACUGGUCAAGGAAGAAGCUGAGCGGACAGAGGGAGAGGACCAUCAGGCUCCCUGCUCCACUCUGGGAGCACUGACCCAGCGGGUAGCCUGCACUGACUCCUGUCAUGGUGGAGACACGGCGUCUGAGCUGAAGCCCAGGGUUGAGAGGGAAGAUAUGGCAGAGCUUGGGGUCCAUCUGGCAAACUCCUUUGUGGACCAUGGCCGAAACUCAGAUCUGUCAGACAUCCAGGAGGAAGACGAGGAGGCAGAGGAGCUGGGUUCGAGAACUUGUUCCUUCCAGAAACAGGUUGCUGGCAACAGCAUCAGGGAAGAUGAGGCCCAGCCCCAGCCCGAUCCCUUCUGUGAGACUGACAGCGAUGAGGAGAUCCUGGAACAGAUUCUGGAGCUGCCCCUCCAGCAGUUCUGCAGUAAGAAACUCUUUAGCAUCCCAGAGGAAGAGGAGGAGGAAGAAGAAGAGGAGAAGGAGAAGGAAAAAGAGGAGGAGGAGGCCAAGAAGAAGCUGGGGGCAGGCUACUCUUCCCAGGACCCUGACCUCCCUGAGUCUGCACUGCUAGGGCUGGGCUGUGACAGAGGUCUGCCCCGAGGACCUGGGCCCUGUCCCUUGUCCCCCAAGUCCUUGGGGGCCAGGGACCACCUGGAGAACAUGUCUGGACUAGCUGGUGGAAAUAGUCAGAGGAGAGGAAGUGGGUCCCCAGAGAAACCUCCAAAUUGCAGGCGGUCCCUGGAUCCCCGUGAACAAUGCAGCCGACUUCUCAGUAAUGGCGGGCCCCAGUCCUCUGGACGGCCAGGCCCCCCACGGGAGAGGGGCGGCCCCCCUGUGGGCGAGGGCAACAGGGGUGGACCAGAGGCUGGGGGGAGAGAGAGGCUGGCCCCUUCCCGGAGAUGUCCCCGAGGCUGGACUCCAGAGACUGGCCUAGCCAGCUGCCUCUCCCCCAAGUGCUUGGAAAUCAGCAUUGAAUAUGAUUCUGAGGAUGAGCAGGAGGCAGACAGCGGCGGGGGCAUCAGCGUCACCAGCUCCUGCUAUCUUGGAGAUGGGGAGACCUGGGGCACUGUGCCCACAGGGAGGCCCAGGGGGCCUGUGAAGGCCAAUCUAGGCCUCAGCUCCUACACACGCCUCCCAGCCUGGGAGAAAAGGGAGCCUGAGAGGAGAGGCCGCGGUGCAACUGGCAGAGCCAAGGAGCCACCCUCCCGGGGAACAGAGACUGGGGAGCCCCAAGGGCAGGACAGCUGUGGGCGAAAGGGCACUCCCAGGAGAGGGGGCCAGGUCCCCAGACCCAGUGCCAGUGAACUGCCUCUUCCAAGGAUCACCCCUGAAGUGCUGCCUCGUAGGGACUUGCCUGUUCGGCUCUUUGUGGCUCUGUUUGACUAUGACCCAUUGUCAAUGUCACCCAACCCUGAUGCUGGAGAAGAGGAACUCCCCUUCCGGGAGGGCCAGAUCCUAAAGGUGUUUGGGGACAAGGAUGCUGAUGGUUUCUACCGAGGUGAAGGUGGGGGCCGGGCUGGUUACAUCCCCUGCAACAUGGUGGCUGAGGUGGCUGUGGACAGUGCUGUGGCGAGACAACAGCUCCUCCAGAGAGGUUAUUUGUCUCCAGAUGUGGUCACUGAGGGCUCAGGGAACAGUUCCUUUGUGCACUCCACAGUCCGCACAGCUAGGCCUCCCCCCAAGCCUCGCCGCUCUAAGAAAGCUGAGCUGGACAGUCCUACCCAGCCCUGUGCAGGCCCCCCCCAACUGGUCUCCUCUGCCAUCCUGAAAGCCCCCCACUCCAUGGUGGCUGCAUUUGACUACAACCCCCAGGAAAGCUCCCCUAAUAUGGAUGUGGAGGCAGAGCUGCCCUUCCGGGCAGGGGACAUCAUUACUGUGUUUGGAGACAUGGAUGAUGAUGGUUUCUAUUAUGGGGAACUGAAUGGACAAAGGGGUCUGGUUCCAUCUAAUUUCCUUGAGGGCCCUGGGCCUGAGGCAGGCGGUUCUGACAGGGAGCCCCCGUCACCGCAGACUGAGAGUCAGAGAACGAGGAGGAGAAGAGUCCAGUGCUAGAUGGAGAUAGAUAUAUAUAGAGAGAGCAACAUGUAAGUGGGGGACUUGCCCCCUAUGUCCAUGUGACUUCCUGUCCUCACAUCACCAUACCCAGAUGUCACUCCUUUGCCUUCUGUCUGGAAAGUCCCGCCAGAGCUGGCCUGGAUUUUCCAGAGUGUGCGGGAGGGAGAUCUUACCAGAUUUGGGUAUAGGAUCAGUCCCUCCCCUCACCUUUGACAGUGCUAGCUGUCAUAGGAACACAUGUCAUCUUAGAAUGACAUCUUAGAAUGCUGUGUGACAUCCAUGCUAUGAUUCGUCAGUGUAUUAUGAUACUAUGUACCUCUGGUAUUAUAAUACUGAUUAUUACUGGUGACAGAAGGGUGAUGCUGGAAUGCCACCAGUAAUAAUAGACUCCUUCCUCUUGUCUUUUUCAUCAUGACAUGCUUGGGCAGCAGAUGCAUGAAUUUUACUGUCAACUUUCAAUUUUUCUCUGCUGGGAGAAUGAAAGAAGGUCUUGAAAAGUUGGGGGGGGGGAGAGUUCUGUAGAUAAUCCUAAACUAUUUUGUCUCCGGACUCAGCAACACCCCAUGCUUUCCUCAGUAGUACUUUCUGAGAGGUUGGGAAGGGGUAGGGAGGGCCUGCGACUCCUGCUCCACCUAUAGGAAAUAGAUUCUUUAAUCUCCAGUGGGAGCAGACCUCUUUGUGGGCAAGCCCUGACAUAUCACUAGGGCCUUGGGAGGUGGGGCUGGGGUGGGACUCCAGCCAGGUACCCACUUCCUCUGCCUCUGGUCUGGGCUCUAUGACUGGCCAAAAAGAGGCAGGGACUUGGGGACAGGAUAUGCAGGCUGGUCAGUCCUGACUGGGCUUGCCCAGGAGGUCAUAGUGGGUAUGUGAGGUGGUUUUCUUUCUUGCCCAACCUCCUGUCCUUAGGGUGCUAAAAGCACUGUCUGAGUGGGCCUCUGGCAGAUGGAGUGGCUUGAGGUUCAAGAACUAGAAGGGAAUUCAGCUCAGGAGAAGAUGCUCACGGAGAGAGCCGGGUAGCCUCACUCUAUGAAUGGCCUUGAUCCUGGGCUCCCUGCAGCCCUCUCCAGGGUCACUCAGGCAGAGUCCUGCUCUCCUCCUUAUGGGCUGGAACUUGGCUCCACUCCCUGAGCACUGUAGGGCUACCUGGGAUUGUUGGAGGAAUUGCCUUUCUUGGCAGGUGUAGGUGGCUCUAAGUUGUCUGGUCCUUGCUCUCCCUUUACUGGGUGGGGGAGGGUGCAGUGUGGGGGUGCCAUGGAAACACCCUUCCAGGACCGUCUCUGGACUCUUGAGCUUGGCCCGACAGUUGUAGAGGGACCCAGAGGAGGGGGUUGCCCAGGUCACAAGGGAGCAAAAGCAGAACUGAGACUGCACUAGUCCCGUCAGACUCCUAGCUCAGUCACACCCUUUUGCCUGCCUGUGCUCUGUGUGUAGGGCAAUAGGAGUUGGUGGGGCUUGAGUCCUGAACUCAGUUCUGUAACAUGGGGACUGCAGGUAACUGAGCUUGGAGAGUUCACGAGUCAGGGCAGGAUAGGGACUUGGACCCUGACCAUGACUCCCUUUUCUCUCAUCUUCCAGAACUGGGCCAGCACAACACAAGGGUACCCUGCCCCUCCAGGCUGGCCCUGUGGCCCUGGCAGCUCCCCCAGGAUCGAAUUGGGGGGACCACAGGGCACCAGAGAGAAGGUUCGGGGUCUCCUCUCCAAG